AUGAGGUUCACAACAAUCAGUGCUCUGGCCUCCGUGGCCCCUUUGGCCAUGGCAGUCAAGACAGAAGGAACAUUUGCUGUUAUGCACUUUACCCGUAACCAGUUUUUAACUGAAGGUCCUAUGGACCCCGUAGUCAACCCCGGAGAGCAGGCAACCCAUUACCACAGCAUUAUGGGAGGAAGUAACUUUGGUCUCUCCACCAGAGGGGAUGACCUCUUGAGCUCAGACUGCACUACGGCUACCAUCAAGAACGAUAAGAGCAAUUACUGGGUUCCAAGUCUUUUCUUUCAGGACCCUAAGGACCCGACCAGCUUCGAAAAAGUCCCCCUGUACUACAUGAACGUCUACUACUUUUUCGAGGCUACUAACGGCACCAUUGAGCCGUUCCCCGUCGGCUUGAAGAUGUUGAGUGGUGAUGCUCAAACUAGGGACCCUCCUAAAUUCGGAGGUGGAAGAAACCUUGAUCCUACUCAAGGACCAAUCCAACCAGUUCAAUGGACUUGCCCUCGACAGAGCUACGACCCACCUUCAUAUCCCGUUGACUCGAACGGGACUAUGGCGGGUCUACAGGAUCCUGGUAAUCAGGGUGCGGGUGCGGGUUUCCCCUUCUACGACUGCGACGGCACCUACUCUCCUCUCCGACAGGAUAUCCACUUCCCUUCGUGUUACAAUCCCGAGGUUGGAAUUGAUGACUACAAGAACAACAUGGCAUGGCCGACCACAGUUGAUGGACUUGAAACGUGCCCGGCAGGAUGGGUUCACGUGCCUCAUCUGUUUUACGAAGUCUACUGGGAUACCCCCUCGUUCAAGGACAGGUGGACCCCUGAUGGAAAGACGCAACCUUUCGUUUUGUCUAACGGAGAUGCUACUGGUUAUUCUUCGCACGGUGAUUUCAUCUCUGGCUGGGAUACGGAUACGCUCGAGACCAUCAUCAACACUUGCAAUGCCGGUACUACCGGUAUGGAGAAGUGCCCUAACAUCCCAGGUGGCGUCAACGACAACAAGGACUGCUCAAUCGCGCCUGCUAUUGGUACCCUAGUAAAGGCUUCCCAAGUUUUGAACGCACUCCCUCUUAACUGCCCCGUUACCGGUUGGGGUAAGGGUGGUGUAUCUAGUGGUAGUGGCAGUGACUCGAGCUCAUCCGAGUCAUCGUCAUCACAAGCAGCCAGCUCGACCGUGAGUACCAUUCGGAUUCAUUUGUUCCCCUCUUUAGUAUACACAGGGAGCCUGUUCCUUUUCUACGGCCGUACUUUCUUACCAGAAUGAUCAAAUUUCUCGGAUGUUGGCCAAGUCUCUGAGACAUAGUUACUAACUCCAGAUCCCCU